AUGCAAAAUGCUAACUUAAAGCAAGUGCCUCGGCCCGGGAUCAAAAAGAAAAAGAAGAAAGAUUUAACUAAACUAUACACCCCGCCACCAAAGAUAUAUUUCCGAGACCCCAUUGGCUUUGAAUUGCCUUCAUCGUUGCAUAAGUUUCGAUGGAAUGGCGACAAAGUGGAAAGGAAGCUGCAGGAAAAGAUUCAAGAGAAGACGCAGAUUGUUGGGAACUUUGUAUACCAGCAGGCCUAUCGCUUAUUGGAAGGUCCACGAGGCAAAGGGAUUGAUUUUGAUAGUUUUCGUGAGCAACUUCGCAUCAAAUUUGGCAUCCUGCUUGACGAUAGCGAGCUCCGCUUGCUUUUUGAUAAAUUCGAUGAAGAUAAAAAUGGUAAAAUUGACAUGCAGGAAUUCAUUAGACGCGUUUUGCCGCCUGAUUACAACUUUGGUGGGCAAUGGUAUGAAAUUAGCCAGUUAGUAGGGGAAGAAAAAGCUGCACACCUUCGAGACGAAGCACGUCAAGAGUUUCUAGUCUGUCAAGGCGACGCAAAAAUUGUUCAUAUCAAAAACAUGGGCGCGGUUUCCAAUUGGACGUUAAAGCAGUUAGUACAGCAAAUUCAAGCUAAAGUCCUGCAAAAGACUCCCAGUAGUGAGGACCAAUAUCGUCGUGCAUUUAAAAUGCUUCGUUCUGGGAGAGACCAAGGUAUUCGAAUCAAGGGGCUUCAAUAUAAUCUCAGGACCAAAUUUGGGAUUUAUGCGACUGACGAUCAAAUGCGGCAGCUUUUUUCGAUGUACGACCUAGAUAGCAACGGUGAGAUCGAUCUAAAGGAAUUUUUGCAACUUAUAGAUCCGCCGGCGUUUCCUUCAAACAGCAAUGUACCCGGAGGGAUUUGGACACAAAGCGACAGCGACAGCGAGGACGAGGACACGGUUGGUGACAAAAAUGAAGGGAUAGAUGCUCAGACGUUGUUAGCACCACCAGCAACUUCUUUGUCACAGAGAUCUGCGUCUUCUGACUGCAUCGAUGGACAAAAUACUGAUACAGAUAAGCCGAUGCGGGCUGAAAGGGAGCGUCCAAGGACAGCAGAUCCUCUUAUGUUGCAAAAAAGGCGCGAGAAGUUGGAAUAUCAACAAUUGAUGUGUGACAACAUUAAGCAGACAUGCUUGAUGCCCAUAAAUCCGGUUAAAGUGGUACCAUCACGAGCCGGUGAAUGCGAAGAGAACGGCAAAGUCCCGCUUUCUCGACUGUGGAGUCGUAGCGUCGUUGAUCUUAAAGAGGCAGGUAUGGAUAAUAUUUCGAAUCGAAGUGAACGAAGUCACACACGACCUCUUAGCGCUGGCAGUGUGCGAUCAUAUUGUUCAUCGUCUUGUAGCAGUAUUAAAAGGGCAACAUUCAUGAAGCGAUCUUCAACACCACAGACACUUCGACAAAAGUGUCUGGAAUCCCGUAAAGUACUAAAAGGUGCAGGUGGUGAAGCUUACCUGAAGAGCCAGAAGAAGCAGGCACCGAAAAAGGCCGCUCAAGAUAGUGCAGAACGCUGGGGCCAUCAACGGCGCCAUCUGUUUCUAGAGUCUCCGUCUGUUCUUGGAAAUCGCAUUCAAUGUGGCAGCUCGUGCAAUACCAAAAAGCUGCAUGACGCAGACGAAUACGUCCCUCGGGUUGUGCGUGUGCACGCCAUGCAGCAUAAUGAGAAGCCGUACAGUCCAAGCCGUAUGCUUCGCCGAAGUUGUGGAAAACAGAACAACAUGAAAUAG